GAGUUGCGCAUGCGUAGUUGCCAUUGUCUCAGCCAGUAAACAUGGCAGGUGUUGGUUUCCGACGGUGGGCCGGAGCCCUCGUCAAGGGGAAAGGUCCCGGCGUUACGGCCGUUCUGUCGGCAAGCAGAGCAGCCUCUAGUGCGUCAAAGGGCGGCCUGCCUGGUCCGUUCCCGCAGACCCCCGAGGAGAGAGCUGCGGCUGCGAAGAAGUACAACAUCAGGGCGGAGGACUACGAGCCGUACCCCGACCAGGGCAUGGGAUUCGGAGACUAUCCAAAACUACCAGAUCGGUCCCAGCAUGAGAGGGAUCCCUGGUACCAGUGGGACCAUCCCGACCUGAGGAGGAACUGGGGAGAGCCGAUGCACUGGGAUUUUGACAUGUACCUCCGGAACCGGGUGGAUACGUCUCCCAGCCCUGUGCCAUGGUCCACAAUGUGUAAACAACUGUUCGGUUUUAUUGGGUUCAUGUUGUUUAUGUUUUACCUGGGAGAGAAAUUCCCAGCCUACCAACCUGUUGGUCCUAAGCAAUAUCCCUACAACAACCUGUACUUGGAGAGAGGAGGAGAUCCUGAAAAAGAACCUGAGGAAGUUAAAAGUUAUGAAAUCUGAAAACUGAAUUACAGUUCUACUUGUGUAUAUAAAUCUCUGUCAAGAAUAAACACUUAUGUUAACAGUUAA